AAUACCAAUCAUUGGCGCGGGAGUGUUGAAGCUGUCGUCUGCAGGAUUUAACGUGUUGUCACUUGUGAAUCUCUCUUCGGACAGGAUACGUGAAUAAAUUCCUAGAAAUUUAACACCGAUGAAAUAGUUAAAAAAAGAAAAACCGGUUUAAAUCAAAUUAAUCCAAUUACUUUCAGUAAUUAAUCAUAAUUCUCCAUUAGAGUGAUGGUUCUUGACUAAGACCAGCCAAUGAAACAUGUGUAUCGAGUCUUCGUGAAUUUCCAUGCAAUACCAACAGUUUUAAAGAUGACCUGUGCCCAUUACAAAUGACGAGAAAAACAUCGCUCAGAACAUGACUAGCCAAAACUGACCAUCCUGGACAUAAACCCUCCCCCACACAAUGUGUCCUUUGUUCUUCUCUGAAUGGAUAGAACUCACAACUACACUAGGAUAAUGUGAGGAGGAUACCUUCUAGUGAAAUUUCAUACUUUUUGGAUGGUCAGAAGCCCAGAGGUAGUGUCAUCAGGACAAGGAGCAGUCCAAUUAAUAGACGGCCAUAAGAGAGCAUUCAUUUCAAAGUGACUUGAGACUUGCCAUUGUUGAACAAUGAAUGAACACGCAGCUUAUUUCCAUUGGGACCUACUUCGUCAGCCUCUUCAGACGCCACAGUUUGGGAUGGGAGCACCUUUCUUUGAUGUUAACAGUAUCCUAGAGAUCAGGAAAGAGAAGUCACGUGAUGCGGCACGCUCCCGACGGGGCAAGGAGAACUACGAGUUUUACGAGCUGGCCAAGCUGCUCCCACUUCCGGCCGCCAUCACCAGUCAGCUGGACAAAGCAUCCAUUAUUCGACUGACCAUCAGCUACCUGAAGCUUAGAGACUUCUCGUGCCAUGGCGAUCCCCAGUGGACACAAGAGGGAGGUCCACUGCUGGGUAAAUUGAAUAAAGGUCACACGUCCCGACUGGACAUUGCUGACCCAUUCGAGUCCAGGCAAGGCACACAUAUACUUCAGUCCUUGGACGGCUUUGCAUUUAUAUUGGCCAGUGACGGUAGAUUCUUGUAUAUAUCUGAGACAGUCUCCAUAUAUCUUGGAUUAUCACAGGUGGAGAUGGCGGGCUCCAGUAUAUUUGAAUAUGUCCAUCCGAAAGAUCACUCCGAGUUGGCAGAACAUUUAGGAAUGUGCAUCGUGUCGGGACCUUCCAACAGCUCGCCAGGUUCCGGUUCAGAAGACGGAUCGUCUCCCAGUACACCAAGACCAAGUUCACCCUCAUCAAAAAACUAUCUUAUGGUCAACAAAAAUGACCACAACGUCCACAAGUCCUUCUCUCUACGGAUGAAGUCCACACUGACCAAACGUGGCGUCCAAGUGAAGAGCUCAGGGUACAGAGUCGUUCAUAUCUUGGGGACUUCAAGACUGCAGUCGAGUUAUGGCAGCUCCAGGACUGAGUCUCAAAAUGGCACCAACAGCAACAGCAGCAGCACGAACAAGUCUAGUUCAUCCGAACCCCCGCUUCUUGGACUUGUAGGGAUGGCCAUAGCUCUCCCUCCCCCCACGAUUACUGAACUAAGACUGGAACAAGAUACUUUCAUCACAAGACUAAGUCCAGACUUCAAGAUUAUUUACUGUGAACCAAUAAUUACUGACUUGAUGGAGUUAAGUGUCGAAGAUGUGACUGACAGACUUUUAUAUGAUCUCUGCCAUGUCGCUGAUCUCAGGAGUUUGAAAAGAUCUCAUGAAGAUAUCUUAAACAAGGGCCAAGCAUUGACUGACUAUUAUCGUAUUAUGAACAGACAUGGUGGUUACGUCUGGGUACAAACCUGCGCCACGACGCUGCUAAAUAACAAGAACGCUGAGGAUCAAACCAUUUUGGCAAUCAACUACGUGGUCAGUGGUGUUGAAAACAAAGGUGCGGCUUAUGACCUCUGGCAGUUGACUGGAGAUGUGACGUCAUCAAUGAGUAGCUCUUCAAACAGCAGAGUUAGAGAAGACAAACUUAAAGAACUCAAGUCCUGUAAACCUUCAACCCUUGGCAUAAACAGAAUUGGCGCCACCAUUUCUUCCCCUUCUCAAAGUCCAAACAGCUUUCAAAAGCUGGCUAAGAACGACGACAUAUCUGCCAUUGAGAAGAUUUCUCAUACUGACCGCUCGCCCAAAUCCCAACUUGAUAGCCCCGCAACUGACGCGGACACCCUAUCUCCGGGCAAAAUGUCAUCCAGCGGCAUCAUGUCUGACAAUAAGAAUAAGAGACGAAAGAACGAGAAUCCACGAAAGCGAAGGCGGACCAACAGCGGCUCAACGGAGAUCGUAGAAAAGAAUUCAAAUAUAACAGUGGAUGAUAUAGAGAGAAAUAGCUCAGCAGGGGAGACAAAUGUGUUCGAUCAGAAAGGGCCGACAGCGCCUUUAUUUUCCUUGCACCCAGAUCACGUGACUUCAUCGUCCCCGGAAGACUUAUCUAUGAAAAAAGUUGCAAGCAUACCUCUAGAUCGCAGAGUCAUCCAGUUCUCAUCCAGCAGCGUUACUCAGGAUCGCAAAUCUCCCGUUAGAAAAAAGAAGAGCGGUCAACAAAAAUUGGACAAACUGUCCACCAGCCCCAUCUCUGUUUCGGGAAGCUCGGUGCAGGAGUUAGAAGCUGCCAUGAACCGCCAUCUUCCAGUCACAUCAACAUCGGGACUAGACAGUUCUAUCAGCGUGGAAAGUCACUCGUAUCCCAGCUCCAUGAACGCCUCUGCGAACAUGGGCAGAACUUUCUCCACGGGGCCCUUGACAAAUACCACUCCUAACAACACUCACUGGCUGGGCUCGCACUCAAAGCCUUCCGGUGCUACAGACGUGCUGACAGCGUCAAACUUCUUGAGAAGCCUUUACGCUAAUAGAGAAUCGGUCAUCAAGACCAGCUCACGAACUCAAGUUCCGUAUUUGAAUUCCGAGCCUCCUACGAGCCUACUGACUCCUCCGGAGCCAGACCCUGCGACAUAUAAGGAUCAAAACAAUCCUUAUAUGUAUUCCAAAUCAGAUUCUCUUAACCACAGCCAAAUUUAUGACAAAGAAAGUGGGUUUGAAUCCAGGGAUCACUACUUCAGAGAACAAGCACAAAAAGAUCAAUUCUCUUUCAUUCCAUAUAAAGAUCACAUUUCUUCCAGCUAUAUUGAUCACAUAUCCUCAUCAAUGUACAAAGAUCAUAUCACGUCACCAUACAAAGAUCUUUCCGCGUACAGGGAGAUCAUCCCGUCCUUCUCUAUACCCAGUCUGAUGAGUCCGUCUGGACGCAUGCAUCAAACGUAUCCCAGCCUACCCCAUCACUUCUCAGUGCCCAUCACUUCCGCAGCCAUGGACGCUUGCAGCAUGACGCCGCCAUCUUCCAAUUCCCCGGAAGUGAACAAGCUGCAGCCCCACCCACCGUAUGACAUCACAGGAUACUCCUCAGAUCUAUCCGGCGCGUGCACCCUGUCUCAAAAGCAGGCCGUGAGCCACGGCCUCCCUCCCCUGCCCCCACCUUCGCCUGGUCACAUCAACCACAGCUAUCACCACGCGCCACAUUUAAAUAAGGACCAGCUUUUCCAGAACGGUGGUGACCACUUGACCAGAGGAGGGUAUUACGGGCCUACGGGUCACUCCUCCGGCUCUAUGUAUAUGGACUUGAACCAAUCCUCAGCAGCUAACGGACAAUAUGAAGCAUGCUCCAGGUCCAUAAUACCAUGGUACUGACUAUAGAGUAGAUAGACAAUAAAAUAAUACCAUGGUACUGACUAUAGAGUAGAUAGACAAUAAAAUAAUACCAUGGUACUGACUAUAAAGUAGAUAUACAAUAAAAUAAUACCAUGGUACUGACUAUAGAGUAGAUAGACAAUAAAAUAAUACCAUGGUACUGACUAUAGAGUAGAUAGACAAUAAAAUAAUACCAUGGUACUGACUAUAGAGUAGAUAGACAAUAAAAUAAUACCAUGGUACUGACUAUAGAGUAGAUAGACAAUAAAAUAAUACCAUGGUACUGACUAUAGAGUAGAUAGACAAUAAAAUAAUACCAUGGUACUGACUAUAGAGUAGAUAGACAAUAAAAUAAUACCAUGGUACUGACUAUAGAGUAGAUAGACAAUAAAAUAAUACCAUGGUACUGACUAUAGAGUAGAUAGACAAUAAAAUAAUACCAUGGUACUGACUAUAGAGUAGAUAGACAAUAAAAUAAUACCAUGGUACUGACUAUAGAGUAGAUAGACAAUAAAAUAAUACCAUGGUACUGACUAUAGAGUAGAUAGACAAUAAAAUAAUACCAUGGUACUGACUAUAGAGUAGAUAGACAAUAAAAUAAUACCAUGGUACUGACUAUAGAGUAGAUAGACAAUAAAAUAAUACCAUGGUACUGACUAUAGAGUAGAUAGACAAUAAAAUAAUACCAUGGUACUGACUAUAGAGCAGAGAAACAAUGUAAAAUAAUAGAACCAUAAAGAGAUCAAUAGACGUGACACAAACCAAUACGGGUGAAUAAAGAUACUUUUUAUGAGGUUAAUUUUUAUCUUAACUUUCACUUGUAAAGAUUAUAAUUAGCCUUUGACCCUUAAUUGAUUCUUUUCAUUAAGGAAAAUGAGAUCUUCAUAUAACACAUCAGAUAAUGAGGAAGCUACUUGGGGGUUGUCCUGCGAUACUGACUUAGUUUGUUGCUUCCAGUAACAGUGUCAGGAUCUAGAGAGCUACUCUCCAAUCCACUUUCUACAUCAAUUGUACAUUACGUUACCGGGAUUCUCGUGCAAGGUAGUAGACCUUUUGUAACAAUCUUACUGGACUUCAUUGUGCUACUAAAUCCAAGCGAUAAAACUUUCUUGUCAUGUUUCUUUGAUAAUCAGUCCCAUGAAUCUGACAUUUGGAAUAGCUGAGAACGUUGUGUAUGUAUGAACUCAUUAAAGCGUGGUUACCACAU